AAGACGACGACGACGACGACGACACAACAACGACGACGACGACGACGACGUUGGUCGGGGAACUACGAUCGGAGCGACAGAGAAAGGCGCGUAUUUGCACGCGCUGCGAAUUAUCACGCGCAUUCACAUAACUGCGACGCGUCUACUGACGUGUGCAGGUUCCUAGCUCGGUCGACUUCUUCGACCUCUUCUUCUUCCUCGUCGUCACUAUGGCGGACGACGAGGUUCUCUUCGACGAUGUUUACGAGCUCUGCGAGAUUAUCGGCAAGGGACCAUUCAGCGUCGUUCGGAAAUGCAUUCACCGUCAGACCGGGCAGAUUUUCGCCGUAAAAAUCGUCGAUGUAGCGAAAUUCACCUCUAGUCCUGGGCUCAGCACUGCAGAUUUGAAACGGGAAGCUACAAUAUGCCAUAUGUUGAAACAUCCACAUAUUGUAGAGCUGCUAGAAACUUAUAGCUCCGAGGGCAUGUUAUACAUGGUAUUUGAGUAUAUGGAUGGCUCUGAUUUAUGCUUCGAAGUCGUAAGACGAGCAACUGCUGGAUUCGUAUAUAGCGAAGCGGUUGCAAGUCAUUACAUGCGACAGAUCCUCGAAGCGUUGCGUUACUGCCACGAGAAUGACAUCAUUCAUCGUGACCUGAAGCCGCAGUGCGCCCUCCUGGCUGGCAAGGAAAAUUCCGCCCCGGUGAAGCUGCGCGGUUUCGGCGUUGCCGUGCAACUCCCGACCUCGCAGUCUAAUGGCGUUGGCCUGAUCUCCUCGAGCUGCAAUUUCCCUUUUGAGGACCUGACCGACGCCGAGGAUUCGCUAGUGAGCGACACGGAGGACAAUAUCGGUCGUGUCGGAUGUCCGCACUUCAUGGCACCGGAAGUGAUCCAACGGCGGCAAUAUGGCAAACCCGGUGACGUCUGGUCGGCAGGAGUGCUGCUACAUGUCCUGCUAACCGGUACACUUCCGUUUGUCGGAUCUCGAGAUAGGUUGCGAGAGGCGAUCUGCCGAGGGCGGGUGCAGAUGGAGACACCACUCUGGGAUCCCAUUAGCGAGCCGGCGAAAGACCUCAUACAGAGAAUGCUCACAACCGACGUAAAUCAUAGGAUCACCAUUCAGGAGGUUCUCAAUCACAAGUGGCUUAGAGAUCGUGAUAAGGGUGCAGCCCGUAUACACUUAGGUGAGACUAUAGAAGAGCUUAAGAAAUUCAAUGCGAGGCGAAAACUGAAGGAUGCGGUAAAAGCAGCUGUCUCCUCGUCGAAGUGGCACGCUCCGUAUUCAGAAGCUAAUGGCGACAAUUUCUCUGACGUCGGCGAUGACGAGGUGAUAACUACAGGCGCUGUAGCCGAAAUUGUGGAUUGCUUGGAUGAUAUUGAGAUCCUUGAGGAGAGUGAUAGAUUGUUGCGAUCAGAAGUUCUUAAUGCUGUGGAUGAUCAUCGACUUCGAGCCAUCUUAGAGCUUUAUGAUAGAAUCUCAGGUCGUGUACCAACACCGUAUCGAGCACCGCAAACAGAUGCAGUCCAACGUGCUCGUGAAGUUGAAGAAAUCCUUCGGGAAGCAGAGCACUCGACGGUACGAAAUAUCGAUAGAGCCGAUCUUCGAGAACUUCACGAAUUAUUGGUCCAGCCACAUAUGAGGGCACUUUUACAAGCUCACGAUGUUGCCGGCCACGAGGUUUAUGGCGAGGAAGCCACCAGAGUAACACCACCGCCGCUCCUUACGUAUCUAAAUGGCGGCGACGAUCUCGAAGGACAAAACGGCGAUUUAGACGAAAAAAUCACUCGUGUCAGACUGGUGCAAUUCCAAAAGAACACAGAUGAGCCGAUGGGAAUCACGUUGAAAAUGAAUGAAGACGGGCAAUGCUUCGUUGCGCGGAUUAUGCACGGUGGAAUGAUCCAUAGACAAGCCACUCUUCACGUCGGUGAUGAGAUCAGAGAGAUCAACGGUAUACCAGUUCAGAAUCAAUCCGUAAAUGCCUUGCAAAAGAUUCUGCGGGAAGCACGUGGAUCGGUGACUUUCAAGAUCGUGCCGUCGUAUAGGAGUGCGCCGCCCCCCUGCGAGGUACAAUUGUUCAGGAUUAAGCCUCUGCCAGUGUUAAUUUUCGUUCGAGCGCAAUUUGAUUACGAUCCACUGGAGGAUGAGCUCAUACCCUGCGCGCAGGCUGGGAUUGCCUUUAAAACCGGUGACAUUCUGCAGAUCAUUAGCAAGGAUGAUCACCAUUGGUGGCAAGCACGGAAGGAUAACGCGGCUGGUUCCGCGGGUCUUAUCCCCUCGCCCGAACUUCAGGAAUGGCGCAUCGCUUGCAUGUCUAUGGAGAAGAACAAGCAAGAACAAGAUGCUGAAGGAGAAGGUGGAUGUUCUUCUCACACCGAAGGCUGCGACGGCUCGACAGUAAAUUGCUCAAUAUUCGGCCGGAAAAAGAAGCAAUACAAGGAUAAAUAUCUUGCAAAGCACAACGCUGUUUUUGACCAGCUGGACCUGGUGACCUACGAAGAGGUCGUGAAGCUUCCUUAUCCUGCCUUCCAACGGAAAACUUUAGUAUUAUUGGGAGCACAUGGCGUCGGUCGACGACACAUAAAAAAUACAAUUAUUUCCAAGCAUCCUGAUAAAUACGCCUAUCCUAUUCCGCAUACAACGAGGCCUCCACGAAGUGACGAAGAAAAUGGUCGUAAUUAUUAUUUCGUAUCGCACGAUGAAAUGAUGGCAGAUAUAGCCGCUAAUGAAUACCUUGAAUACGGAACACACGAAGAUGCUAUGUACGGAACUAAGCUCGAAACUAUUCGCAAAAUUCACGAAGAAGGUAGAAUGGCCAUAUUAGAUGUUGAACCGCAGGCAUUGAAAGUUUUACGGACUGCUGAAUUUGCACCUUACGUCGUUUUCAUUGCUGCACCAGCGUUUGCAAAUGUUACAGACUUCGAUGGUAGUUUGGAGCGGCUGGCGAAGGAAUCGGAUAUGCUAAAGCAGGCGUACGGGCAUUUCUUCGACUUAACCAUCGUGAACAACGAUCUCGACGAGACGAUCGCCCAACUGGAAGCCGCGAUCGAGCGCGUCCACACAACACCACAAUGGGUGCCCGUUUCUUGGGUCUACUGACAGCGGUCUUCACCGAUUCGCCACAUCGUCACUGCGGAUUGCAAUGGUUCAUCGAGGAUGAAGCAGUGAUCGCUGGCGCCGUAACGAUCAUACCGCGAUCGACCUUCUCGUCACGAAGAUCUGACACACCGACAGCCACUGGUGUCCGACAGGAAGACGCCGCAGGCAGUUAUGUCAUGCACCUAAGACCACCCAACGUAUCAGCAAACAUACCCGCCGGCAAAUGUCGAUUCGACAGAAAACGAUCGGAGUGCGUGACUAUACGAUGGCCGUGUGUUCAUGAAAUUCUUUCCAUCGCUGCGUAAUUAUUAUGACCAUGUCGCGGGACACGAGGGGAGACCAGCGGCGUGUCGGAGUCGUCCUGAGUAUCACCGUCGCGUUCGCCAGCGAGGACGCCGGACCAUCCGGAAAUGGAACGCGUCAUCAUCGAGCACGACGAAGAUCAGUGACGGCAAUGACGUCGUCAUGAUGCGUCUAGAAUCGUUCUAGGACGCUUUUUCGCGGACCACCAAUUCUCUCCUGCAUCUUCUUCUCCCUCUGUUCCGUCUUCCUUCUUCGAAAUUUCAAAGAUUAAAAGAUAAGACAAUGAGCAACAACCCGAUCAACUGGGACUUCUCUUGAACGAGACUGUUAGACGAAUACAUGUCUUUCUCUUCUAUUCCGCCGUAGACUAUCGUAUUUCUCGACACAUUCCUGGCACGGUUUCGGCGAAUCCACACACUAAUCUCUCUCGCGGUUCCACAUGACGUUUCUCAAGGCAGUCGAAUUUACGACGCGAAUUUUAUGUGCAAUGAUACGAUAAAAUAACGCGAUAACAACAUCAAGGAAUAUCGCGUAGAAUGUGAAAAAUCAAAUGAGAAACCUACGCUCAUUCAUGUUUCGCGCGGACAUCAACCGAGCGGCUGCAUCUUCGUAUCCCUUAUCUGCGGAAUCUAUCAAUUUUUCGUAAACUGUAAUUGCCUCCUAUCGUACUUUAUCGUAACUAUUUAAACGAAAGGAAUCUAGAGAUCGUGCGGCACGGCAGUGCCCGUGAAUAUAUAUAUAUAUAUAUAUAUAUAUAUAUAUAUAUAUGUAUAGCGAAAGACGAGAAUCCCGUCGCAAUAAUCUUGUUUCUCUGACCGUUCAACUAAAAGAGAAAAAGAAGAAAAAAAAAGAAACUAGAGUGCUGCCGGCCGUCCGUCAUUUAACUGUAACUUUAAGCAGUAGAAAACUUCGCCGGUUUCGUCUAGUAUUUCUGCUAAUAUCUAACGAGUGUUCAUCUCUCGUCGCGGCUAUUCCGCCGCGACGAAUCUACGCGUAUACGCGAGCGCUUCUUUCGUUCGGCCGUCUUUUGUAUCUUCCUCCGGUCGACUUUCGUUUCUUUUUCUCUUUCUCUGCCUCUCUCUCUGUCUCUUUCUAUCUUUCACUCCAAUUACCCACCGAGCUUUUUUCAUCUUUCUACUUUUGACAAUCGAGACCGCCGUCGGUGCGAGACGACUCGCUCGCUCGCUCGCUCGCUCGACCGUGCACUCGCCCAUCCCAUUGUCACUCGUCGCUAUCAUUGCUCACGAGACAAACAUCCCCGAUUGCAAACGCAGAUAUUCGCCGAUGCACCGACCGAUGAUCUUGUAUUCCCUGUACACAAACGCCCGAAACCGCACAUCCCCCCCGGACGAAUGCACGGACGGCGGAUACCGAUCCGGUAGCGAGAAUUUUACAAGUGCUCAUUUGAAGGCGCUUGUAACGCAAUUAUUAAGUUCGUACAAAACACACACAAACAUACACAUACAGGUACCCAUAUCCAUGCAGGCAUAUGUGCACACAUACAUACAUACAUAUGGGCACACGUCAAAACUAUAAUGUCACUCAGUUCGUAUUACUUACACCCUCGUACAAAAGCGCAUAAUCGAAUGACGAAGUAACAAAAAAAA